AUCCGUGGGGUCAAAGACUGGGAAAGGGCGCCGCCUUCUCUGGGAGGGCCGGCCUAGAGGCGGCCAAUGGGGGCAGAUGAAGACCGCCCCCCUGCCUGCCAUGGCCGUCUCCAGUAGCCGGAGCCUUCCUGAAGUGCAACGCCGCGUUUCCGCGGUCCAUCACAGCACCGACCCGGAGGAGCAACUGCGCUUCUACGACACUUGGGCCCCGGAGUACGAGCAGGAUGUGACUGUAUUGUGCUACCAAGCCCCCCAGUUGGCUGCUUCCUGCCUGGCCUCGGUGUUCCAGGAAUCCAUUGCAGAUGUGCUGGUGCUGGAUGUGGCUUGUGGCACAGGGCUUGUGGCCCAGGAGCUGCAGGCAAAGGGUUUCCGCCGUUUCCACGGCCUGGAUGGAAGCCAGGGGAUGUUGGAGCAUGCACGCCGGAAGGGGCUGUACCAGGAGCUGAAGCAGUGUAUGCUGGGCCAGGAAGCCUUGCCUGCAUCCUCAGGUGUCUACGAUGCCGUUCUUAUUGUGGGGGCUCUCAGUGAAGGGCAGGUGCCCAUCAGCGUCAUCCCAGAAGUGCUUCGUGUCACCAAACCAGGGGGCUUUCUGUGCCUGACCACACGGGACAACCAGAGCAACCUGCGUUACAAAAGCCAGAUGCAGCAGCUGCUGGAUGACCUGGAACAGCGAGGAUUGUGGGAAAAGGUCAAGGUGCAAGAAGUCGAACAGUGGGAGAGGGCAACAUCACAACAGGAAGCCAAGGGGGGCUCAGACUACAUUUCUGGGGUGAUUUACCUGUACCGGAAGACUUCAAGGAUCAGCUGUUGAGGGAGGGCAUUAACCCUCUGGAAGACUCCCCAAGGCAGCUUUGGUCCAAUAGGUGACAAGGAGAGGCUCUUGGGAAGAGCGGGUGCAUUUCCAAAGCGCUUCAUUCCAGAACCUGUUCUUCCUACCAGGACUCAGUUUUGGAACACGUUGAAGUAAUAAUAAAGCAAAUAUGCACCUUGGAUCAUAUACCUUCCUUUACUAUCAUAAGCCUGUCCAUCUAUAGUUCUCAUUGUCAGCCCCAGAUUUGGAGAUUUGGGGGCAGAGCCUGGGGAGCAUGCUUUGCAGGGUCAUGAUGCCAGAGAGUCCACCCUCCAAAGCUGUCGUUUCCACCAAGGGGAAACGAUCACUGUCAUCUGGAGAUCUGUUGUAAUCCCAGGAGGUUUGCACUUCUGUCUCUGAAGGCAUGCCUUCCAUAGACUUCACAGCACCUCUUUUUGGGGGAGUGUUUCCAAAACCGUAUAUCUGCAAAGUUAAAGUACUUGUUCUUUGAAUCCUGUGCUCAUCAAAAAUCAGGGGUGAGACUGGUUGAUGUGUUUAGCAAAAUAAACCUUCAAGGAUUUCAUCAAA